GUCACUCCCAGUCCUAUAUAAAUAUCCCGACUCGGAUCAAGCUCGAGCAAAACAGCUUUUCGGCUACAACAAGUCUUCAAACCAAGGAUUAUUGGAUUGCCUUCGUUGGAUUUAAUUGCCAGCACAGAAUCCUCGGUACAAGCACGAUGACUUUGAACAAGGGUGACAAAUUGCGGAACAUGGACAAGAGAAGAGGAAGCAUGCCUUUUCCCAUGAAUCUACCAAACCUACACCGAAGAAGCAUGCCCGUAGACGACCGGGACCUGCGCGCCACGAUGCCGCAGACGGGGCAGACCGAUGAGCUGUCCAACCUCCUGCGCUGCACGUCCUACUCGCCGAACGAGCAACACCGAGGCAGCUGUGCGUCAGACUCCUCCGAUUCCGUGAUCUCUACCAGCAGCGAGACCGAGUCUCAGGUGUACAAGGUGGUUCUCCUCGGGGAGCACGGCGUCGGAAAGUCCAGCCUGGCGCGCGUCUUUGGAGGAGUUGAGGAUGCUGGUCACGACUGCGAUGAAGCAGGAAACACUUAUGACAGAUCUAUCGUGGUGGAUGAAGAAGAGACAUCUAUUAUGUUGUAUGACAUCUGGGAACAGGAUAACAGUCAGUGGCUGAAAGAUCAGUGCAUGAGGAUGGGAGAUGCUUACAUCAUUGUGUAUUCGGUGACAGACAAAUCAAGCUUUGAGAAAGCGUCAGAGCUGCGUAUUCAGCUUCGCCGAGCCAGGCAGUCGGAGAAUAUUCCCAUAAUCCUUGUGGGUAACAAGAGCGACCUGGUUCGGUCCAGAGAGGUGUCUGUAGACGAGGGGAGCGCCUGUGCGGUGGUAUUUGACUGCAAGUUCAUCGAGACAUCUGCAUCCCUACACCACAAUGUGCAGGACCUAUUUGAGGGCAUCGUGAGACAGAUCCGCUUGAGGAAAGACAGCAAGGAGGAGAAUGCACGACGCAUGGCCAACUGCAGGCGUAGAGAGAGCAUCGGCAAGAAGGCCAAGCGAUUUCUGGGCCGCAUGGUUGCACGUAAGAAUAAGAAGAUGGCUUUCAGGCAGAAGUCAAAGUCCUGCCACGACCUUACAGUUCUCUGAGGAACAGACGGGACAGACGGACAAUUUCUUUCUUUGGCCUCUGAAGACCAGAUGCUGUGUGUGUUCUAACACUAACCCUAAAGGACUAAUAGAGCUGUACAGAAAUAUAUUUUUAUUUUUUAGAAACCAACCAAAAGCAAGGAGAGGACUUAAUUAAUAAAUUCGACACUAUUCGAGUCAUAUCAUGAUAACGUUGAUAACCUGCAUGACGCUUUGCAAACAUUUAUUUAAUGUUUUGUCUGCCUUAAAAAUGUUGCUGUCAUAGUAUGAGCAGUAUGUAUGAGAAAUCCACAAAGGCUUUUUAUUUCUAAUGAGUUGCAAAGAUUGCCUUGCUGUUGGGUUAUUGUUUGUGCUCCUUUAUUGGAGGGGAUUGAUGUAUAUACUAUAACAUGAAUGAUGCCGAAUGCAACAUACAUCUCAUUAUUCUAAAAGACAAGGUAAAGGAUCACAGUGCUUGGUCAUCUGGAGUCAUAUUUACUUGAAACGUGGUACGCAGGUUCGUCCCUCGCUCGGCCAAGUCACUGGGGAAAAGCUGAAGAAAACUUCUCUUCUUCUAUGUUGUUCCAUAACAUUGGAUUCAGGUUGUGAAUGUAUGUGUAAAGCAAUAAGUUAUAUUAAUCUUGUGAACCAUGACAUUAUUUGGAAAUUUGUUUACGUUGAUUUCAUUUUUUCAAUAAAACAUAAAAUCAAAACAUAAAAA